GAAUAAUCACAUGCGGCCUUUUAGUCAACCUUGCAUCUUCCACCUUUCGUCCUCCUCUUUCUUCUCCUUCUCCCCUCACUCCUAAUCGCAUCUCGCAUCUCGCAUCUCGCACUUUCCCACCCAAAUCUACCCCGCGCCUCGCCUCCAACUCUGACAUCAUGCCUGCCGCAUUGUUGAUCGGUGCGAUCACCCAUUGCAGAAAGGAAUGGGAGGACCUGUCAUCGAUCUUGACUCUCAAGGAAUUCCCGGAAGGGUCCCGGGACGACUUCAUCCGCAAUUGCAAGGAAGGCCAGUACGACGAUGUGGUGGCCAUCUACCGCUCGAAUUCUUCAACCAAGUUCACCGGUCCCUUCAACGCCGAAUUGCUCUCCGUCCUGCCCAAGUCCCUGAAGUACAUCUGCCAUAACGGGGCUGGAUACGAUAACGUUGAUGUCAAAGGCUGCACAGAGAAAGGGAUUGCGGUUUCGAGCACACCCGUCGCCGUCAACAACGCGACUGCCGACGUGGGGAUCUUCCUGAUGAUCGGAGCCCUGCGCCAGGCUUAUGUCCCGCUCUCCUCGCUUCGCGCUGGUAAAUUCUUGGGUCAGACCGGACUGGGCCAUGACCCGCAGGGCAAGGUCCUCGGAAUCUUGGGGAUGGGAGGAAUCGGUCGCGAGAUGGCCAACCGUGCAAGAGCCUUUGGGAUGAAGAUUCAAUACCACAACCGGUCACGUCUGUCGCCGGAACUCGAGGGAGACGCUACGUAUGUGUCUUUUGACGAGCUGCUGGCCACCUCGGACGUGCUGAGUCUGAACCUGGCUCUCAAUGCGUCCACCCGCCACAUCAUCGGCGAGAAGGAGUUUCAGAAGAUGAAGGAUGGGAUUGUUAUUGUGAACACGGCCCGUGGGGCCUUGAUCGACGAGAAGGCGCUGGUUGCUGCACUAGAGUCUGGCAAGGUUUUGUCGGCUGGUCUGGACGUUUACGAGAAUGAGCCCCAGAUCGAACCUGGUUUGGUCAGCAACCCUAAGGUGAUGUUGCUGCCGCACAUCGGCACCAUGACCUACGAGACGCAGAGAGAGAUGGAACUUCUCGUGUUGAACAAUCUGCGGUCGGCUGUUGAGAAGGGCGAGAUGAUUACCCUGGUGCCGGAACAGAAGGAGGCAUUUGGCAAAUGAAUUCGUAGAAGCGGAGUGGCUAUCGCCACAAGAUUGAUGUGACGGCCGAUUUACCUUCUUCCUCGGAUGUCUGGCGCCUCCGUGCUUAUUGCUUUCAAUCUGACAGACGAGGGCUGGGUUCUUCCGCCUGUCAAGUGCCUCAGGCACAAGCGUGUAUAUAGAUAACGAAGCUUGUUUUUCCCUGUCU